AUGGUGGUGCUGACUAAGGGGGAUUAUGUCUGGGUGGACUCCAGUAUUGGGGUCCCCAUCGGAGCCCGAGUUAAGGUUACCGAUGGCAAGCUGCUACGCCUUGUUGACGAUGAGGGGAAGGAGCUGUGUGUCUCUGAGGGGCAGCCGAACUCAAUCCAGGCCAUGCACCCCACCUCCGUGGAAGGGGUGGACGAUAUGAUCAAACUGGGGGAUCUGACGGAGGCUGGCGUGCUUAGGAACUUAAUGAUCCGCCACAAACAGGGCAUCAUCUAUACUUACAUCGGCUCCGUCCUGGUGGCGGUGAACCCUUACCAGCUGCUGCCCAUCUACACAGCCGAGCAGGUGUGGCAGUACCAUGGACGGCGGCUGGGUGAGCUACCGCCUCACGUGUUCGCCAUUGCCGACAGCUGUUACUACAACAUGCUCCGCAAGCAGUGCAACCAGUGCUGCAUCAUCAGUGGAGAGUCCGGUGCAGGAAAAACAGAGACUACUAAACUAAUCCUGCAGUUCUUGGCCGCGGUGAGUGGCCAACACUCCUGGAUUGAACAGCAGAUCCUCCAGGCCAACCCUGUCCUGGAAGCCUUUGGGAAUGCCAAAACCAUCCGUAAUGAUAACUCCAGCCGUUUCGGGAAGUACGUGGAAAUCUUCUUUAACAAGGAGGGUGUAAUAGAAUUUGCUCACAUGGAACAGUACCUGCUGGAAAAGUCCCGAGUAUGCCAUCAGGCACCCCAAGAACGAAACUAUCACAUUUUUUAUUGCCUUUUAUCGGGGAUGGCAGAAGAUCAGAAGCGCAUUCUUUUAUUGGGUAACGCGACACAGUUCAAGUAUCUGACUGAGGGUGAUUGCGUUGUGUGCGAGGGACAGGAUGAUGUGAACGAGUUUACCCGGAUCCGCACGGCUCUCAAGGUCCUCACCUUCACAGAGAAGGAAUGUUGGGAAAUAUUUAAAUUACUGGCUGCUAUUCUCCAUAUGGGUAACAUCGGUUUUGAAGCCAGCACAGUGAACAACAUGGACAGCUGUGGUGUCUUGUCAUCUGAUCAUUUCACAGUUGCUGCCAAACUGCUGGAGGUUGAAAGAUCAGCUCUGGACACAAGUCUGACCUGCCGGUCUUUCAUGACAAGCCGUGAGCGUGUGACGAAACCCCUCAGCUCAGAACAGGCAACAGACUGCAGGGAUGCCUUAGCCAAGGCCAUCUACAGCAGACUGUUUGUGUGGAUUUUUGGGAAAAUUAACAGCGCCAUCCACAAAUCCCAAACUAGAACAUCUUUGUCCAUUGGCCUGCUCGACAUUUUUGGCUUUGAGAAUUUCAUCAAGAACAGUUUUGAGCAGCUGUGCAUUAACUAUGCUAACGAGCACCUGCAGCAGUUCUUUGUGGCACACAUCUUUAAGCUAGAGCAGGAGGAAUAUCUUAAAGAAGGCUUCACCUGGAACCACAUUACCUACACCGACAACCAAUGCACGCUGGACCUACUGGCCUUAAAACCCCUCAACAUCCUGGCUCUGAUUGACGAGGAGAGCCACUUCCCCAAGGGCACCGACACUACCAUGUUGAACAAAAUAAACCAAGUACACAACAAUAGCAAGAUCUUUCUGUCAUCAAAGAGCAGCCAUAAUAUGGCGUUUGGUAUUCGCCACUUUGCUGGGGCUGUCCACUAUGACUGCAAUGGAUUUCUAGAAAAGAACAGAGAUGCCCUGAGCUUGGACAUCAUCACCCUGAUCCAGAAGUCCUCAAGCAAGUUGCUCAGGCAGAUCUUUGAGGUAGAGUUGAGGGCCUGCAUGGCCAAGUCUGCCAACAACAACAACAGUAGGAUUCUCAUCACCCCCAAGAACACCUUACGGCAAGUGAAUGAUUCACGGAGACACCUGUCCACGCUGAGCAGUCAGUUCCGGCAGUCUCUGGACUCCCUGAUGAAGGCUCUGUCCUUGUGCCAGCCUUUCUUCAUCCGCUGCUUCAAACCCAAUGAGACCAAACUUCCAUGGUAACAUGCUCCGCUAAUGAGCCCUCAUUACCGCUCUAUCUUCACUGCCUCAAAGCCUUCUCACCUGUCAUGUGACUCUCUGUUCCAGACCUUUGAUCGGAAACUGUGCAUGCAGCAAUUGCGCUACUCUGGCAUGCUGGAGACCAUUAAAAUACGCAAGUCAGGAUAUCCCAUCCGCCACAGGUUCACGGAGUUCCUGGAACGGUAUCGAGUUUUGUUGAAGACUACGGACUGCGAUCCCAACAAAGAGUCUGCAGCAGACUGCUGUGAUGCCAUCUGCAGAGCCGUGAUUCAGGAUAAAAACGACUGGAAGAUCGGCAAGACCAAGAUCUUUGUCAAGGAUUACCAUGACUCCUUUCUGGAACUGGAGAGGGAGCGGGAACUCAGUAGGAAGGCUCUUAUUAUUCUGAGAGUCAUGCUAGGUCACAAAGACAGGAAGACUUUCCUGAAAAAGAGGAGUGCAGCCUUGACUGUGCAGAAAUACUGGCGAGGUCACCGGGACCGGAAAGAGUUUGGGAAAUUACGCCAGGGCUUGGUCCGCCUCCAAGCUGUGAUGCAUGCUAGACAGGACUGUUUAGAGUACCGUCACAGACGGACGGCUGCCAUCACCCUGCAGACGCACACCCGUGGCUAUCUUGCCAGGAAAGACCUGAAACACAAGCGAGAUGCCAUCAUACUGAUGCAGGCCCACACUAGAGACCUCCCAGCCAGGAAACAACUCGAGGACGAUGACUUCCUGCCUGAGCCGGAGAGGCAGGCACAGGAAUUCACCAGUCAGGAGCUCCAGAAGAGGCUUGAGGAGGUGCUCAGCCAAUCACAGGAGGCAGCUGCCAACUCUGUGGACACGACCGAUGAGGAAAUGGUGACAAGCGUCUUUAACUUCCUAUCAAAAACAGGAGGAGGCCAGGAGGCGCCAGCUCCAAAGGACUUGGAUGAUCAGGACCGAGAAGCAAUGGACAUGAAAGAUGUGGAACCAACUGAGAGUGUCAUGAAAAUUGUAGUGAGUCCUGCAGAGGAAGGCACUCCUGAUAGCAACGAUGAGAACAAUGAGGAGGAAGAGGAGGAUGAGAUCUCCUUCUCUAAGUUUUCUGCUCUGCAUUUCCAAGGCUCUGCUACACACAUGCACAUCCAGCAGAGACUGUGGCGCCCCCUGCUCUACCACGAGGAUGAAAGAGAUACGCUGGCAUGUUUAACAGUAUGGUGGAUCAUACUGAGAUUUAUGGGGGACAUUCCUGAGCCUAAACAAGCACGUGUAAUGGCUGACCCCUUAAAGAUGAACCUGGGCCAAAGACAAGGGCGACGUCUCAGUAACCUAGUCGGUUUAGAUCAGAAAAUGCUGUGGAAAAAGCAAAAACAGAACAAACAAGCAGUUGGAACUGGGAAGAGAAAAUAUUCCACCAUUCCUGAAGAGUGUGUAGAACCCAGUUCUUUAUUGGAAGAUAAAGAGGAAGAUGAUAUUUUGAUUGGUGAAGGACCUACUCUUGAUCGUCCAAUGACUGCUUUGGAGAAAUUGCACACCAUUGUAGGAUAUGGCAUUGUUAGACCAGACAUUAGAGAUGAGAUCUACUGCCAGAUUUGUAAGCAGCUAACCAAUAAUAAGAACAAGAACAGCUCUAACCAAGGCUGGAUACUUUUGUCUAUCUGUCUUGGCAUCUUCCCUCCAACAAAGCUCCUCAAUAAAACUCUGCAGAGUUUUAUUCGCAGAGGGCCCAGUGAGUUCUCCUCUAACUGUGCUAAACGUCUCCAGCGUACUUUAACCAAUGGCGAAAGAAAGGAGCUGCCCUGCUGUAUUGAAUUACAGGCAGUGGAGACAAAGGAGCCCAUCAAGGUGGCUGUGGCCCUGAUGGAUGGUCGUGACCUCAGCCUGGAAGUGGACUCAGCCAGUACCUCUGCGGAGCUGUGCAGUGACAUUGCACAGAAAACCAAUCUGUGUGACACUUUUGGCUUCUCCCUGUACAUCACCCUCUAUGACAAGAUGUGGUCUCUAGGCAGUGGUGGCGAACAUGUGCUGGAUGCCAUCUCCCAGUGCGAGCAGGAGGAACGAAGACAAGGCAAAGAGGAGCAGAGCGCACCCUGGAAGCUCUCCUUCCGUAAGGAGCUUUUCACUCCCUGGCAUGACUGCACCUUCGACCAUAUCAGCACUGACCUCAUCUACAGGCAGAUCAUCUGCGGCAUCAAGUCUGGAGAGUACCAGUCUGAUAAGGAGGAUGAAUAUGUGCAGCUGGCAGCAAAGCACUAUUACGUCCAGUACGGCACAAAGAGAAGCUCGGAGAUGGUGAGGAGCGUGGUGCGCGAAUGCAUAAACCUCACCGUUAUCGAGAGCAAGUCUGAGGCCAUGCUGGUGCAGCUGGUCAGCUUGGCACAUGAGCAGGGACCUUAUACAAAGUCCGAGGAGAAUGCUAAUACUGUGAAAGCAGAUGUGGUUGGCUACGCUUGUCAGAAGUGGCCCCUCUAUUUCUCAAAGUUUUUUAUGGCUCAUAUGAUUUCAGGUCCCUCUUUGCCGCAAGACCAGUUUGUGGUUGCAGUCAACUGGAGUGGGCUAUCCUUUCAGGAAGGAAAAGACAGAACAUUUUUGCAGCUGACUUAUCCUAAGGUGACAGGAAUCCAAAUACUCAGUGAGGGCAGAUUGGGUGAGGUAGUAUGCAUCACCACUCCAAGGGAUGAGUAUAAACUGAAGGUAGCAAAGGCACAUGCCAUGGUGGAAAUUCUCAACAUGUUCCUCGUUGGGUUGAAGGAACGCUCGGUCUAUGCUGUGGUGCAACAAGACAUCAACAGACCAGAUGAUGCAACAUUAUUGAGCUGCAGAAAAGGAGAUCUUAUUUACAUUAUUAAAGAUGGAGAGUAUUCUCCUAAGGAAGGUUGGAUGAAAGGACAGAAUGAGAAGACAGGUCAAAGUGGAGCCAUUUCAACAGAUGCCAUCAUGAUUCUGCCAACCCUGAGUAGACCCUCCGAUGAAAUACUGAGUCUGUGGGACCCAAAUCAGACAAAGCCUGGAAAUAGUUUAGACAAGACGGAAAAUGUCAUCGAGACAGUGGCCCACAUUUCACUCAAAGAAUUCUCCUUUGAAUAUUUCAGGGAGCCGGGCACGGCUGGGCGGCAGGCCAGAGCAGGGGGCCGGGAGAAACUGUGGAUGAGAUCCAAGGAACUGCUCAAACAACCGCUACUGAAGAGUCUGCAGAACGAGUCGGAUCUCAGCCAGCUGGCCUGUCAAUGUUUCUUCGCUAUUCUUAAGUACAUGGGUGACUACCCCACCAAAACUGUACGCACCCCAAUAGAGCUAACAGACCAGAUCUUUGGGCCUGCUUUGCAGUACCCUGCCCUGAGAGAUGAGGUCUACUGCCAAAUCAUGAAACAGAUGACCAACAACACUAAUGGGUUGAGUCUGGAGCGUGGCUGGCAGCUGCUUUGGCUUUGUUGUGGACUCUUCCCCCCAAGUCAGAUAUUGCUAACACAUGCUCAGCGGUUUCUGCAGUCCAGGCCCAGAGAUCCUCUGUCAGCUGCCUGCCUGCAGAGAUUGCAGGCCAUGCUGAGGAUCAAUUGUUUUAGGACAAUGCCACCACACCAGGUUGAAGUAGAUGCGAUUCAGCAGAACAGCUCUCAAAUCUUCCAUAAAGUUCAUUUUCCCAACGAUACUACAGAGAUCUUUGAGGUCAACACUACUACAAGGAUUUGUGACCUCUGUCGCAACAUCGCUAAAAAUCUUAUGCUGUCUUCCAGCAAUGGAUAUGGCCUUUUUGUGAAAACCACCAACAAGGUAGUGAGCAUGAAUGACCAGCAGUACUUUUUUGACAACCUGAAGCAACUCACAGAUGCCCCCAAGAAAGGAAAGAAAACAAAAGAAGGGUCUCUGGCAGUGGUUCCCUACCUGGUCCUGUUCUUGAGGAAGCUCUGGUUUAAUGUGUUACCUGGGAAGGACCUGACAGCUGACCUUACCUUCCAUUUCCCCCAGGAGGUACCGAAGUAUCUCAGAGGGUACCACAGCAUGUCUAAGGAGGAAGUGAUCAGCCUGGGCGGUCUGCUCUUUAGGGUCAAGGUGGACACAGACAGGACUCAGUUUGUUAUGAUUCCCAAAAUGUUGAAGGAUCUCGUACCAGCUGAUCAGCUAAGAAUCAUGUCACCUGAAGACUGGAAGAAGCACAUCAUCAGUGCAUACAACAAACAAGCAGGCAUCACUGUGGAUGAGGCCAAAGUCAGCUUCCUUAAGACCAUCUCUCAAUGGCCCACAUUUGGCUGUGCCUUCUUCGAAGUGAAGCAAACAUCAGAUCGCAGUUAUCCCAGCAUUAUAAUGAUCUCAAUCAGCAAGCAAGGCGUUAGUAUUAUUGACCCUAAAACUAAGGAGGUGCUGGAUAUGCACCCUUUCAGCAAAAUCACAAAUUGGUCUAGUGGCAGCACUUACUUUCACCUUAAUGUUGGCAACUUGGUGAAAGGCAACACACUGCUCUGUGAAACAUCACUGGGUUAUAAAAUGGAUGACCUGCUGAAAUCCUAUGUGAACAUGUAUGAGAAGGAGAGGACCACUGUCAUGCCCAGAAACACGAGGUUCUCUUAGAAUAAUCCACCACACCAUCGAUUUUAGUCUGUCCACAUGACUUUCAUACACCAAGUUGAAAACCUGAUUUUGCAGGACUGCGCAGUAGUGGAAGAUGUAAACUUUAUUUAACUGAUGUGAUAGAGUAGUAAGAAGUAGAUAGUCAUAACUAUAGGAAAAGAUAGGAGUUGUAUUCUCAUUAGAGGUGAGUCUAAUUUCAAUACUAUGUGAUUAUACAUACUUAAGAUAUAGCCUA